GAAAGAGGGCGCUCUCCAUGGCGUACGUGCACGAAUUUUCAGUGUUUAAUUUUUUUCACGCAUCACCACAAAGACACCAGUACUGAGUAGCAUUUUUUUGACAUUUUAAAACGCCUGUUGGCCCUAUAAACAAUGGACACCGCCAACCUAAUCAGACAGAACUUCCCCCGUGAUUGUGAAUCGGGUCUCAAUCGACAAAUAAACCUGCAACUUCACGGCUCGUAUGUUUAUUUGGCAAUGGUGUAUCACUUUGACAGAUCUGAUGUGGCACUCGAAGGAUUCCGUAAAUUCUCCAAGAAGUUGUCGGACCGCAAGCGUGAGGUUGCGGCUAACCUGAUGGCCUACCAGAACAAGAGGGGAGGCCAAGUCUGUCUGCAAGACAUCAAGGCUCCAACUCAAGACUAUUCCACUAGUCAGAAGGCCAUUGAGUCAGCCCUGCAGAUGGAGAAGGACGUUAACCAGGCCUUGCUGGAUCUGUUCAAUCUUGCUACUAAGAACGGUGAUGAACAGUUUGCACUCUUCAUUGAGGACUACCUACACGAGCAGACCGAUUGCAUCAAGGAUCUAGGAGACCAUCUGGCCAACAUCCUCCGAACCGGACCCAACCUGGGCGAAUUCCUCUUUGACAAGGAGUCCCUCCAUUGUUGAGACAUCCACUCCGGUCAGUUUGUGACUCCGUUUCUGUUCUGGCAUUCUGUUGUUUUUUUUUGUAUUGUUUUGGAGCACAAAUCUUCAAGUGCAGUAGAUUUGUGAAACGCACAAUAUUUUACCGUCUUUUCUGUAGUUUUAUUUAAUUAACCCUGUUUGGCAGUUCAGAAAUUUAUCAUCCGGGCAAUUCCACGGUUACUCACGUUACAUGUUUGAUGUACUUUUGAGUUUCCUUGGGCUGUAAUUACCUUAC